GACUCACUGCUUCAUAAUGUUGGCACAGGCUGUGCCCCAAUGCCGGAGAGGAACAAUCAUCACCAUCUGUUGUAGAUAGCGACCAAGGAUGGGCCUGGCUCGGUGAGCGGGUAGAUAAGAGAAUGUCCUGGUUGUUUUGCUCCUGGGCCUGGCCAAGCUGGCCAUCCGUGGUUCACUGCGGCAGGCAAACAAGGGCUGACUGCCUGCCCCAUUUUCCUAGGUUAUGUGCAUGUGCUGAUUUCCAUAUAUUUUCUUUAGAGAUACAGCGCGGAAACUGGCCCUUUGGCCCACUGGAUCCGCACCGACCAGCGAUCACCCUGCACACGAGCACUGUCCUACUUGGUUCUUGGUUUCUUGGUCCUCCAAAAUAUUCCAAAUGGAAUUUAAACUGGAGGUGGUGAAGGGAGGGCUUAAGCCAGAAAGGGUUAUUGGGAAGAAAGAGCUACUUUAAAUUUAGUUGCAUCUGGUUGGGUAACUAUAGUUGGGUGGAGAUUAUUACAUGCUUUAAUUGUGCGGGGGAAGAACAAAUUGCUGUAUACAUCUGUCUUUGUAGCUGGGAUCACAAAUUGCAUCGAAUGCCCUCGUCUGCUCCUAAUUGGUUUGGGUUUGGUGUAGGUCUUGUAGUCUAUGUCGAGCUGAUCAUUUAACAUUUUGUAAAAACAGGUCAAACGGUGAGCUUCACGUCUGUCUUGGAGAGGGUUCCACCCCAGAGAAUUCAGACGUUUGGUGACACUAGGCACAAUUAUUUUACAGUUUUACCUAAGCCAAUUUACCUACAAACCCGCACGCCUUUGGAAUACGGGAGAAACCCACGCGGUCACAGGGAGAACGUGCAAACUCCGUCCAGACAGCACCCGAGGUCAUAAUUGAACCAGGGUCUCUGGCAUUGUGAGGCAGCAACUCUGCCGCUGUGCCAUCCUUUACAAAGAUCACUUAAUAUAGUCAUUUGCUCUUUACUAGUAAGAAUACUUGGCAAUUUUUGUAGUAACUUGGUGGGUGUUUAUUAUUUUAAGGUAAAUAUUGCUGUAAAUAAUUAAAUAGAUUUAAUUUUGUAAAAAAAAAAGGGUGGACCUGUGCCUUGGAGAGGGAAAAGGCUGGAGAACAAUUUCUGUUUGAAGUGUCAGCUGAGAGAGAAUUUGCUAAAUACUUAAACGGUGGGAGGGAAACGAGAGACUAAUUGUGCAGCUUGUUCAAAGACUGUUGUCAUUCUGUGAGGAGUGGUCAGAUCGGUGAGAGUACCAAAUGGAUUUAACCCUGCUUAGAACGCUAGUAAAAACACACACGGAGCCGACAGCUCUUGGAGAGAUGCCUUUGGUGAGGAAAAUGCAGUUUUUUAAGUUAUCCUGAGUGAGAACAUCUCACUCUCUGACUCUACUAGAGGUCGACUUUUAACUGCCAUUGGCCAAUUUCAACAGCCCUUCUCGACAAUCGAUGGGGUUGGGGUAUUAGCACUUAAAGGACGGAUGCUGGUGUGAAUCGGAGUUUGUCAUGAAAGAUGCAGUGAUUAGAUGCAACGUGUUUUAAAGAAAACGUGGAGAAACUUCUACAUGGCGAGGCGAUGGUUGGUUGGCUUCUUGGAGCGUGGGAUUCCCUUUUUGGAGAGCGCCUGGGAUGUAUCUGGGCGUCGCCAUUGAGUGCAGUGCCAUGAAGUUUUAGUCCUGUGCGAAAAACUCAGCGAUGCUCGGUCCCCUUGCUAUAGAAUGCAAUGAGACCGACUCCCAAGUUUACAUUCCGCUCCACCCCGUCUCCCUGGCUGUGAGUGCGUUGAUCCUGAGCUUGACUUGUGUUAUCGGCGUGCUGGCAAACGGGCUGGCCUGCCGCUUGCUUCGCCCAGACAAGUCUCCGCGCACCCCGAUCAACGCCCUUCUUCUCAACCUUGCCGCCACCGACCUCCUGAAAUGCGCGGUGGACAUCCCCUUGCUCCUGGCCGUCAGCAUCUGGGGCAACAGCCGGGUGGACCUGGGCGAAACGGCGUGCGUCCUGCAACCUUUCGCCUACUCCCUGAGCAGUUGUGUCCAACUUGCUACUCUGGUGGUCAUCAGCGUGGAACGCUACCAAGCCAUUGCCCACCCAUUCCAGGUAACCAAGAAGAAGAUUAGGAUCCAGGGAUGGGGCCCAAUCAUCUGGUCCAUGAGUUUUAUGGUUUCAGUCUUGUCCGUCACUUUGACCAAGAAGACCCCAGCCUAUGUGAGAUGCAGGCAUCUAUCUGUAGACCCUCAAAAAUAUUUUGACCCUUUUGGUACUUUUAUCCUUGUUCCCACCUGGACUAUCAGCUUGGCCCUGAUAGUUGGCCACUACCUGAGAAUAUUUGCACUUGUCAGGAGGCACAACAAAAGAAUCUUUGAUAGGGGGAUGGUGCCCAGCUCACCAAAGGAGCGUGUUCUGCACCUACCGGGGCAUGGCGGGCAACAGCAGACAGCAGCCAAGGCGGUGGCUAGAGGGGAAGAUGGAUGUCCACCAGCUGAGCUCAGCCCUGUUCAUCAGACAGGGAAGACAUCGCGGGCUGUCCAGAGCCAGGUGGUCUCGACGAACGGCCGAGCCUCCACGUCCCUCCAGAGUGAACCUCCUGAUGCCCCCAACAUAAUGGGAGCGGUGUGCCUCAUUAGCAGGUCAUCCAGAGAGACUGCCAAGAAAAGAAUGGAGGGCAGGCUUGCCAAACGCUUUGGCUACAUCAUGUUAACCUUCCUGGUGUGCUGGAUGCCGCUGGUCACAGUUUUGCUGUUGAACAUGUUCGUACAACAUUUGGUAAGUGGAUGUGGAAAUUUUUUUACAUUUGGGGGACAAAAGGAAUGAAUGGCUGAGGUCUUUCGAA